AUGUCAUCUGUCUCUCCAGCGUCACCAUUCUUUCUUGGUUGUCAUCCAGACUUUCCUGGCGGUCACUGGUUACCCAGAGAUAAACAAAGAUUAUUCGGUGACCUUACUGAUUCUCCAGUAUACAGGGAGACAACUGAUGCUGAGAUACAGUCAAUUAUCACACCAGAUAACAAGGGAGAUGACUCUGUACAUUCCGGAUUUAUCGGUGAUACACCUUGCUCUAUUGAGAUCGUUUCACGAUCGAAGGUUCCAGCCAAAACAGAAGCGCGGAGAAGCUUGUUCUCCGUCAAGCGCCUAGCCGAUGAUGAUCUUACAGACGACUCUCCGUGUACGAAGAAGCUCCGUCAAGUCGAAAAUGAUCUUGCAGCCUUGACCACCCAAAAUGUCAUCAAAGCCGUGGAACGUCUGCAGUCACGUGAUUUAGUAGCUGAUGGAUCACGUGACUACACUUUACCCACAAUUCCUGGAAAACAUGGUGACCUCAAGUCCAUCACACACGGAACGAUGUCAGAUGUGUUGGACGGGAAGUACAAGGACCAGAUAGGAGAAGUCACGAUAGUAGAUUGUCGUUAUCCUUACGAAUUUGAUGGAGGUCAUAUCCAAGGUGCCGUCAACAUGUACACAAAAGAUGACGUCAACAGUCUUCUUCAGUCACGAGAAACGUUCGAGAAACCACACAUUCUCGUUUUUCAUUGUGAAUUCUCGUCGGAAAGGGGUCCUAAAAUGUAUCGAUUUUUGAGAAGUCAGGACCGUGAACUGAACAAGGAACACUAUCCCAGACUCAACUUUCCGGAAGUCUAUCUACUGGACGGCGGCUACAAAGCGUUCUUCACAACAAAAAAGGAACAUUGCGAACCAGCAAGCUACAAACCAAUGUUGCACGAAGACCACGCGGCUGAUUUACGUCACUUCCGGGUUAAGUCAAAAUCAUGGACGGAAGGAGAGAAACAGAAGACCAGUAAACGUCAACGCAGUCGACUUAAUCGCCAUCUUAGUUUCUAAAGACUUCUUUCAUGUUUUGUAUAGUGCUAUUGUUAUUUGUUAAACUAUAUACUGUUACAAGAUUUGUUACGAUUUA